CGAUAUCUUUAUUAAUUUCAGAAUAUAGUGUUAUCUUCUGGUCAUAAGCAACCGUUUAGAAUUUUAAAUAUUCCUCGGAGACGAAUAUAUGAUAUGUAUGAUAAUGUACUGGAAAUCCCGGACGAGGUGGAGGAUUUGCCCAGAGCUGAGCCCAUUGUACCGGGACACACGUUACUAAGACCAGCUCUAGGAAUGCUUAAAUCUUCAGUAAUGUUUCCACAGAAAGAUUACAGAAAUUUUGUUUAUGGUAAUAUAGACAAUCUGGGAAUAACUUACGGAAACACUUAUGACCGAGUUCUUUACACUGACGUGAGGAAAACUAAUUGGCUUUUGGACGUUGUCAAAUCUUUGUACACAAAUGGUAAGAACUACAGUGAUCGUAGAAAUGCUAAGUCGUACACAAUAGUGGCAAUACCCCUACAAGCUAAAAAUAAUCUGUAAGUUAUCUGAUACUUAAAAAUACAAAGAACGAAACAAAAUACGAUCGAUCUAAGCGAGAUUAUAAAAGAAAAUUAUUUUACAAAAUAUUGAACCCUAACAGAUUAACAGCCCCUAACAAAAUGCAUCGUCAUAUCUCGUGCUUAAAAUCACCUGCAGUCAACACAUUUGUCUGGCAAAAUGCCACUAUUAUACCGAGUUGCUACACUGCAUACAAAAAUCUAUUUAUAUACAUAAAAAAAGAAAGUGACUGUUACAUUAACGCCUAGUACAAAGUAAUGGUUUAAACUUGAGAUUUUUCAUAAUG